UUAUGAAGUUUGACGAAAUGUUGCAUCACCAGAACGGAUUUUUUGUUACCAGAUCUAGGUGCUCAUUUAGGAUCAGCACUUCGUUGCAGCCAGGUUGAAGGAUAAAUAAUAUAGUUUAAUAUUUAGAAGUCACAAAUUGAUAAAUUUACAAUCAAACCAUGUGUGGAAUUUGGGCAAUAUUUGGCAGUGAAGGUGACAUAGCCUUCCAAUGCAACUGCGUUCACAAAAUAACUCAUAGAGGCCCCGAUGCGUUUAGGAUCGAAAACAUAAACCAUUUUCCAAACAGUUGCCUGGCGUUCCAUAGGUUGGCUAUCGUAGACGACCUGUGUGGUAUGCAGCCCAUGAGGACCUUCCAGCACCCAUAUAUUUACCUAAUUUAUAACGGAGAAAUUUAUAACUUUAAAGAGCUUGCUAAAGAAUUUGACAUUAAACAAGAUACAGCCUGUGACGGGGAAAUAAUUAUUCAUCUCUAUGCCAAGUAUGGUAUAGAAUUUGCAGCAAAACAUUUAGAUGGGGUGUUCUUCUUUUGUCUUAUGGACACAGCUAACAGAAAAGUAUUUCUUGGCCGGGAUACCUUCGGUGUAAGACCUGGUUUCCGAAUUACAACAGAAGAUGGGUUUUUGGCUGUAUGUUCCGAGGCUAAAGGUCUGGUAGGGUUAUCAUAUACAAGCUCCGAUGCAUGUGGGAUUUCAAAGGUGGAGCAUUUCCCGCCUGGUCACGUGGAGACGUAUUCACUUGACAAAGAAGGGAGAGCGGUGUUAACCGAGUGCACGAGAUUCCAUAAGAUAGCCGAGGAACCUGCCUACCCUACGUUUCCUAUAACAGUCGGUGAGGACGUAAAACAGAACAUUAGAGAGUUUUUGACAAUGGCGGUUAAGAAACGACUCAUGGCAGACAGACGGAUAGGUUGCCUUCUGUCGGGCGGUCUGGAUUCGAGUCUUGUAACUGCAUUAGUGGUAAAACUAGCUAAAGAAUUAGGCUUGGAUUAUAAAAUUCAAACAUUUUCAAUUGGUAUGGAAGGAUCGACGGAUUUAAAAGCAGCCAAAAAGGUUGCUGAUUUUUUGGGAACAGAACAUCACGAGUUAGUGUUUACGCCGGAAGAAGGCAUAGAAGCUGUAGAAAACGUCAUAUAUCAUCUUGAAAGUUAUGACAUCACGACCGUAAGAGCAUCUGUUGGAAUGUAUCUAAUUAGUCAGUAUAUAAAAGAGAAGACGGAUACAACUGUGAUAUUGUCUGGUGAAGGUUCCGACGAGGUGGCGCAAGGAUACAUUUAUUUCCAUAAAGCGCCAUCUAUCGAGGAAGCUAGCGAGGAAAGCAGACGACUUUGCAAAGAUUUAUACAUGUUUGAUGUCCUCCGUGCUGACAGAACAACUACGGCUUGGGGGCUUGAGUUACGUGUGCCAUUCUUGGACCAUCGUUUUAGCCAUUAUUACAUGUCACUACCAGAUGGUGAUAAACGCCCAAAGAAAGGUAUAGAAAAAUAUUUACUGCGAUCCGCAUUUUCCGGUAUUGGUUUAUUACCAGAGGAGAUUUUAUGGCGUCCAAAGGAAGCGUUCAGUGAUGGCGUGUCAUCCGUUACCAAGUCGUGGUACGAAGUUCUGCAGAACCAUAUUGACGUUCAGAUAAACGACAGCGAGGUCGAGGAUUCGGCAAAGAAAUAUACCCACAAUGCCCCACGAUCGAAAGAAGCGCUCUACUACCGGCGAAUGUUUGAGAAAUAUUACGCCGGCCAUAGUCAGUGGAUACCAUACUUUUGGAUGCCUAAAUGGACUCAAACCACAGACCCGUCUGCUAGAACAUUAAAACAUUAUAAACAGUGAAAUAUUU